AUGGAAUUGCAACAGCAUACUCAUUUUCCCAUCCUCACUAAACGGCAUCGGCAUGCAUUCUCAUCCGUGCAUCAGUCACUGUCAGACGGGAAGGGACGUCCAGACACCACCGGAGCUGACGACAGCACCGACGCACCACAUUCUCCUACGCAGAGAAACAGGGAUCUGGGCACCAUCUUCCAUUCCCUAUCCGGCGACUGGCAUGUUCGUCGUGUCAUUCACCACCACGGCUUAGCUGCAAACGCAGUGGACGGGAGAUUCGACGGUACUGCGACCUUCCUCCCACGCACACCGUCGACAGAAGCACCGGAGGCCGGCACCGAAGAAUACCUAUAUCGCGAGUACGGCACGUUCUGCACUGCAACCGGCACCUCGUUCCCAGCGCAGAUGAAGUACAUAUACCAGUACCAUCCCUCGUCGAACCGCCUCUCCGUCUGGCGCGUCAAGUCCGGUGCAUCUGCAAGCCUCCCAGACGAAGGCGAGGUCGACAACUGGUUUCACGAUAUCACGCUCGAACCCCCGUCAGGCGCGGAUGGGCUGGCUUGGUUUUCGGGCUAUCAGGGAGCAGGAGACUGUGUGGCCAAAGGGAGCGAGCAUCUUUGCGUCAGGGAUACGUACAAGCCGUACUAUCGGUUUUGCUUUCGGGGAGAUAAGGUGUCAGAAUUUGGGAUUGGGUACGAUGUGAGUGGGCCGGAGAAGGCGUAUGUUAGCGAAGGGUGGUUUGAGCGGACGUAG